AUGGCAACCUCCGAAUCCAAGAAGAAGUCCAAGUCCAAGUCCAAGUCGUCUAAGGACGUCAAGGACGAGGUCCCCGAGACCGCCGCCGCCGCCGUCGCGGACCCCUCCUCCGACAAUGAGGCGAGCCCCCAAAAGUCGCCCGACUCCAAGAAGCGCAAGUCGGCCAACGUCGACGAAAUCGAAGUCGACCUCGAGGCCCCCGAACCCCCCUCCAAGCGCGCCAAGCGUGCCUUGAAGAAGGGCAAGAAGCUCCCGCCCAAGCUCGACAGCGACGACGAGAGGGAAGCCAAGAAGAAGAAGGAAAAGGAGGACAAGGAGCAGGCCUCCAAGCGCUCCGAGCACGGCGUCUGGAUCGGCAACCUGCCCUUCUUCGUCACCGCCGACGAGCUGCGCAAGUGGCUGGUCGCCAACUCGGGCGAGAUGAUCACCGAGGCCUCCAUCACCAGGUUACACAUGCCCACGACCAAGGUCCCGGGCAAGGACAAGCCGAACAACAAGGGUUUCGCGUACGUCGACUUCGACGACGUCGCGCCAAAGGUCGCCGCCAUCGCGCUGACCGAGGCCGAGCUGGGACACCGCAAGUUGCUGAUCAAGGACGCGACGUCGUACGAGGGACGGCCGAAGAAGGAGGCCGAGGCCGAGGGCGAGAAGGGCGGAAAGGCGGCCGAGGCCAAGGAGGAGGUGCCGAAGAGCAGCAAGAUCUUCGUGGGCAACCUCAGCUUCAAGACGACCGACGACGACGUGCAGCAGCACUUUGAGAAGUGCGGCCAGAUCGACUGGGUCAAGGUCGCGACGUUCGAGGACUCGGGCAAGUGCAAGGGAUACGGAUGGGUCAAGUUCAGGGAGCCCGAGUCCGCGGGCUGGGCUGUCAAGGGUUUCGUCAAGAUCAAGGAGGAGAUCGAGACCGAGGACGACUUCGUCGACAAGAAGAAGGAUGAGGAGGGCGACGAGGAGAUGAAGGACGGAGAAGAUGAGGGGUCGGAGGACGAGGACGACGAUGACAAGAAAAAGAAGAAGGAGAAGAAGAAGCAGGUGGAGGAGCAAAAGGUGAAGACGAGGAAGUGGUGGGUGAACAAGCUGCUCGGCCGCCCGCUCAAGAUCGAGCUGGCCGAGGACGACCAGACCCGGUAUAAGAAGCGCUUCGGCAAGGACGCGCCGAAGAGGAAUCAACAGGAGGGUGAGGAAAGCGGUGCCGCGGAGGGUGCGGCUCGGAAGGAGAGGAAGCCUCGUGCGGAUGCUAAGCCUGCGUCGGAGCUCAAAGCACAAGACGACCUGAUGGUUGCGAGAUUGACGGGCGCGGCUGCAAAGCACACGGGUACUAAGAUCACGUUUGAUUAA